UGGCUGGGCCGGGCUGCCGCUCGCCUCCCCCUCGGCGGCGCUGAAAUGGGAGCCGGAGCCGGCUUGGAGCGGGGCUGUUUCGCCACCUCUCUCUGCUCCGGGAGGCUGGCCUUGGCAGGGCGGGUCUUGGGUUUAUAGGCGAGGCGAGGCGGCUCUUCGGCUCUGCAGACGGCGGCGGGCCUGGGGGACGCAGAUCCCAACCGCUCCUGGCAACUAGUUGACCACACCUUCUGUGGGACUGGUCCUCAAAAGGAAAAGACUACCUGCCAACAGUUUUAUCUGGGAGAUUCAAUACUUGAAGAUAACUGAGUCUCCAUUGUGAUGGCUGGAAACUCAGGGACCGUCAAGGGAUCUACUUCCUUCAAUCCUGAAGAGGAUGCCCAGAAACUCCGAAAGGCUAUGAAGGGCUUGGGCACGGAUGAAGAUGCCAUUACUGACAUUGUGGCCAAAAGGACAUCGGCCCAACGACAGCAAAUUAUAAUCGCCUACAAAUCCACCAUUGGCCGAGAUCUGAUUGCUGACUUGAAGUCUGAAUUGAGUGGAAAUUUUGAGAGGACCAUUGUUGGCUUAAUGACUCCCAGCACACUGUAUGAUGUGCAGGAACUGAAGAACGCUAUGAAGGGGGCUGGGACAGAUGAAGGCUGCAUGAUAGAAAUCUUGGCUUCUCGUACAAAUGAGGAAAUUCGACGGAUUAUUGACACCUACAAACAUCAGUAUGGAUGCACACUUGACAAGGACAUUGUCUCAGACACGUCUUCAAUGCUUCGGAGAGUUCUGGUAUCUUUGGCAACUGGCAAUAGAGAUGACAGCCGGUAUGUUGAUGAGGGCCUUGCCCAACAAGAUGCUCAGUGCCUGUAUGAAGCGGGGGAGAACAGAUGGGGGACAGACGAGGCCCAGUUCAUGACUAUCCUCUGUUCCAGAAACCCAAAUCAUCUACUGAAGGUGUUUGAAAACUACAAGACACUUUCUGGUAAGGAUAUUACGGACAGCAUUAAAUCCGAGAUGUCAGGGGACCUUGAAGAUGCUUUGUUAGCAAUAGUAAAAUGCAUCAGAAAUAAGAGAAGCUACUUUGCUGAAAGGCUGUAUAAAUCCAUGAAGGGUUUUGGAACUGAUGAUAAUACACUCAUUCGAAUCAUGGUGUCCCGGUGUGAAAUUGACAUGAUAGCUAUUAAGGCAGAGUUCAAGCGGAUGUAUGGGAAAUCCCUCUACUCCUUCAUUAAGGGAGACACCUCAGGAGACUACAGAAAAGCUUUACUUAUUCUGUGUGGUGGCGAAGACUGAGAAAUGAAUAGUUCAUGUCCACCGCUGUCAGCACUGCAUAUCGUUGACCUUUAAGUGGUCUCAGCCUCUUGCAAUAAUGCUUUUAUUUCUUGGAGAAUGCUUUGAUGUACACAGUGUGCCAGUUUUGCAUUAUGCCGAACUGAAGUUCUGCCUGCUAGAAGAUCUGUUCAAAUAGCCCUUGAAAAAUUAUCACCUCCUUGGUAGCAGGGUGGGGAACUGGGAUGGAUUAUUCAUUAUAGGAAGUAUAAUUUUUAUUUUUAAUCUGGCCUUUGCGGUCCUGGCUUCUUAUCUACAAUGCAAAAAGGCACCUAACCAGAAAUCAGAAACUUUCCUGUUGCUCCUUUCGAGUGCAGUUGGUGAUUGUACAUCUUUGCUAUUGGUGACAUUUCAGGUUUAGCUCUACGAUACUUUGGAGAUCUUGACUGCUGAAUUUUUAAGUUGUCCUAAAUGCUUGUCCUUGAAUGCUGGCCAGACUUCAUAAACUACUGGUAUAAUUAAAGUUGCCAGUGAAUUGAUUUAUGCUGGUAGUUUGUUUGCUCCUUUCUCCUUUUCUCUUUUUUCUUUUGUCCUGAAGGAAAACAAACACCACUGGAUGGGAAAAAUAAACUUUUUUUUCCAGACAUACAAAUAAGUGCCAGGUUGUAAUAUAGAGGUUUAUCUAGUUCUAAUAUGUGUAUCAGAGACCUGCCUAUAAACAUAAAUCGGAAAGGGCCCACCCAAUCUAGUAACUUGUGUAAAAUCAUGUGACUUUAAAAAAAUGAGUCCUCAUACUUAUGGGGGACCCCUACCUUCCUAAAUGCUUUAGAAACUGGAGUGUUGGUGUGGACCUUCUAUUAGUUAUGGAGAUUUUCUCAUUACAAAUAUCUCUGUUCCUGAUACUGGUUUCUUCCAGGAUGUUCUGUAUUUUCCUUUCUGAGAAUGUUCUGUAUUUUCCUUUUUGAGCUGUAGACAAGAAGCUGGACAUAUUCAAAAGUCUUUGCAUAUGAACAUGUUCUUAUAUACUACACACAUGUUGAGUGCAAUUUCUGUCAACAAAAUGUAACUUGCAGGAUAAACAGAUGAGUUCAGAUUUGUAUAAUGUCAGUCAGAACGCUGAAUGUUUGUGGUAUAUAAUUUAGAAUACAGUACUUCUUUACUGGUUAUGGUGUUAACUAUUCACAAUAUGAAAACUGCUUUCAAUUGAAUAUAUGUAAAUUCUGAUACAUUUUUGUGCCUUUUCUACAAUAUGGCAGCAGUGGCUUUGAAUUGUUUCUUAAGACUCAGUUUCUUGUUCCUGCGGCAGUGUUGCUUUAGAGUGAACAUAAAACUGAAGACUUAUUUCUGUGUAAUGUAAGACUAGCUUUCUGUCAUAAUGGGACCUCAACUUUGACCUGAACAGGAAACUUUUCCAAGCAAAGUGGGGUAUUUGUCAGGAUAACGCAAUUGAAAAAGAGUGAGACGUAACUGGAAAAUAUUUAACUGGCAUAGAAGGUAGACAAAUAUACAUUGACCAUCUAAAUUAUAAAAUGGCACUAUGAUGCUUGCUUUGCUAUUCAAUAAACCAAAUAUGCCUCUGA